GUUUAUUCGUAACGUGACGAGAUCUAAUUGAGGUGCAAUGAAAAGAGCGGUGUAUUUUGUCUUCAUAAUUGCAAUUAUGCAUUUCGCAAUGCAAGAGGAAGUUACGAGGGGCGUUUGUAAUUGUGCGGUAUCUACUGUUCCGGCAACGGAACCAAUAAUAAAACAUACGCUUCCGUGCAAUGUGAGCUGUGAUCAAGAAGGUCUCGAGAAAUGUCAACAAUUAUGUAUUGCCUUGGCUGAAACAGUUCGAGAUCAAAUACCUACGCUGAUCUGCGAGAAACUGAACACGCAUGUCAAAAAACUGAAAGUAGCUUUAUACAUGAAAUCAUGUGAUUUGUCUCUUUGGACAUUCACUGGUUUGGAAAGCGCGGAGCCUAUCUGUUGUCACGAAGGGAAAGAAGUUGCUUGUGAUGAGGUGAUGACAAUAGAGAAUUAACGAGCUGACAAUCCAAGUCAUUAUUUCUUGCUCAUUUAUAUCAUUUAUAAAUAUUUUACAUUUUACUAUUGAUUGCACAGCGCGAAGAUUAUAUUCAUAAUUUUUAAAUAUUAUAAUUCAAAGAAUAAAUUCGAAGAAUGCCAUUUUGGGAGCGUAAUUCGAUAUACAUUUGUAAUCUUUGUUCUCUUCAAUAAAGCUCGAAUGCCAAGACUAA